CUAUCCUAGGGCUGUGCUAAGUUUUGUUUCGUUUCGUGAGAUUCGAUUUUGUAAUAUUAUUAGAUAAAAGUAGUUUUUAUUCUAUCAUGUCUUCCAUUAAAAUGUCACGGCUUCUGCUGUUGUCCUCUGUUGGAUUAGGCGGUUAUUUGGCUGGAUCUUACGUGGAACGAUGGAAAAUAUUGGACAAUCACAGCCAUAACAAGGAAGAUUAUGUAAACGAUCGAAUAGAUAGUUUGGUAAAGAAAGUACAGUCAAAACCAGGUCUUCCUAUUUUCGGAACCGUUUCAGCAGCAUCUCCCAUACCAUUAGCAGAAAAGCCUUUAGUGGCAAGCAACGUUAACCGUGUUGGUCAAAUAAUGAAGUUUGGAUUUCCCGGGCUGGAUAAUGUUAGAUCGUAUGACGACUAUAUUCUAUCUUAUGACCGAAGGACUCGGGUGGCUCAUUGGGUGUUCGAACAUCUUACUGCUGAUAGGGUGAAACACAAUGAUGCCGUGGAUCGCUCAAAGUGUGAUUUCAAGCCAGACGAGAGUGUGCACCCGUUUUUUAGAUCCUUAAAUUCAGAUUACAAAGGAUCAGGAUUUGAUCGAGGACACCUUGCAGCAGCUGGUAAUCAUAAGGCUGAGCAGAAGCACUGUGAACAAACGUUCUUUCUGACCAACAUGGCACCUCAGGUCGGUGUUGGAUUCAACAGAGACAAAUGGAACCACCUGGAACGCCAUGUGCGAAAACUUACCAAAGAAUAUCCAAACGUGUACUGCUGUACUGGGCCACUGUACUUACCACGAAAGGAAUCGGAUGGUAAGUUGUAUGUAAAAUAUCAGGUCAUUGGCUCCAACAACGUAGCCGUACCCACGCAUUUUUAUAAAGUGGUAGUAAUGGAGGCCCCUGACAACCGUUUGGAGAUGGAAGCUUACGUGCUGCCGAAUCAGAAAAUCGACGAGCAAACACCGCUGUCGAUGUUCCAAGUCCCACCGGAAACGAUUGAACGUGCGGCAGGUUUACUGUUUUUUGACAAAAUUAGCCGAAGCCAACUUUUUAAGAUUAACGGGAAAAAAGUAUAGCUAAAUAGAACAAAUUGUUGGGCAAAUUUACGGUAAGAUUAGAUCACUAAUUGUUUUUUUUAUAACAUAAUUUGAGGUGUUCAAUUGAUGUUGAUAUAGGAUCAGUCAUCUCGUGCUAAUAAUAGAGAUAUUUCAUUGCUCGUUUAGUACGA